UGGAACCAGACUGUCGAACGAGGUGGGAGGAGAGUCAGCAGUCGCCAUUUUGCGACGGGAGAGGUUAUUACUUUCCUUUCGUUUGGACGGCCUGCAGAGCGUCUUGCUUCGGACUCUGGCACCUUUGAAAGCCUUUGUAGCAACGGGUUAAAGUCGAGGGGGCGGCGGGCUUGGUUUUGUUAGGCCGAAGGAGAAAAAAACAGGCGGAGGGAAGAGAGGGGUGGGCGAGGGGAGCGAGAAGGCCCGGAUGUAAGUAGGCCGCUAAGGGUCCUCGAAGGAAGCAGAGUGGGUUUAGAGGGUCGGGAGGCGGGCGGUUGCUGAAUUUAUCACACACUUGAGGCAUUUCCCCUCCCCCUCGAGGCGGCACUGCAGGGAGAUGGACCUCUGCCUCGGUUAACCUCCUUUGUUUGGCCUCUCUGCCUCCUGCGGAACGAGACCGAAGGGAAGCGGCGGGUCGGGAGGAGGGUCGCCGCUCGGAGCCCUCCCAGCCCUUGGGUAUCGCAGCCUGUCGACGCCGAAAAACCCCUCUUCCAACGAACGGAGGAUGGCUGCCAAUAUCGGCGAUCAACUUCCCCCAGAAUGGGGAAACCAGUAUAACUUGGGCAACGGAAACAGCAGAGAGAACGGAAUGGACGGCCCAAUGCAUGAGAACCCUGAGUGGGAGAAGGCCCGUCAAGCAUUGGCUAGCAUUAGUAAAAACAGUGCUUCCGCUGCCUCUGGCAACAGUAAAGCUACCACCAAUGGGCAGGCUAAUGCACAGUACACAGCCCAACAAGGGGAUUCCCUGCAGCAGCAACAACAAUACUACCAGUGGUAUCAACAGUACAACUACCUCUACCCAUAUAAUUACUAUUAUCCUAUGAAUGUCUACCCUGGGUAUGGUUCUCCUGGACAAUAUGGUGUUCCCGGCUCUUACUCAUCGACAACACAUCAACAGCCACCAGUUCCUGGACAGCACCAAGGGAGCAUGAACCAGCCUCCAGUCCCUGGCAUGGAAGAUACAGGGAUGUCAUAUCAGAGCCAGCAGCAACAAAUGCAACAAACCAAUCCACCACAAUCUCCUAUUCAACAUCCAGGCCAUCCUUCUCAGCAUAACAAUCACCCCAUGGGCUCUGGGGGGCAGCAGCAAGGUGGACCUCCUGGAGGAAUGCAUUCCCAACAAAACCAGUCCAGUGCCUCCUACAACCAGCAGCAACAUUCCUACCAGGACUCGCCAAAACCCAAAAAGGGACAGCAGCUUUGGAACCGCAUGAAGCAAGCACCUGGGACUGGUGGGCUGAAGUUCAACCUGCCCAAACGCCCUUUUGUGGUUACAAACCAGAACUUCAACAGUUCAGAGCAGCAGCAGCAGCAGCAGCAGCAGCAGCAUGGCAACUUUGGUUCCCAGCAGAAUAAUGAAAAGCGCCACAAUCACAGUCCAUCAACAGGUAAGCCAGAAGAUUGGCCACAAGAUAUGAAGGAGUAUGUUCAGCGCUGUUUCACAGCCUGUGAGUCUGAAGAGGACAAAGACCGUACUGAGAAGCUGCUGAAGGAAGUUCUGCAGGCCAGGUUGCAGGAUGGCACAGCCUACACAAUUGACUGGAGCAGAGAGCCACUCCCAGGUCUAGGCCGGGACAACAUGGCUGAAAGCCCAAAGAAGAAACAACAGCAUUGGGAAGUGUCUUCCCUCCACUCUCCACGUGCCUCUAUGCAGUCCACCCUUUCCCAACAGCAGCAACGGAGUGGUGGCAGCUCUCAGCCCCAGCGAGGGGGUGGUGCUGCUGGUGGAGCUGGGACUGGUCGGGCUCGUGGCAAUGGUUUUCCCACCAAGUUUGGAAACCGCAAUGUCUUCAUGAAGGAGAACAGCUCAUCCUCAAGUGUUGAUUCACGUUCCAGGUCACGGUCCUCAUCACGGUCCCCCAGCCGGCAUUUCCGACGGAGUGAUUCGGAUACAGAUAGUUCGUUUUCGGGCAAUGACUGUCGCUUGGUUAGUCGCAGAAAUAACCAGAAGAAUCGGGGCCGUGGGGGCCACAUGGAUAGAGGCCGAAUGAGAGCCCAGCGUGGAAAGAGGCAUGAUCAGGGACCAUCCAAGCGCAACCGAAAGCGUAACACAAUGGACUAUGAAGAUCCAGAGAAGGAGUUCAAAAAAGAGCGACGAGCAGCCCGUUUCCAGCAUGGUGCCCACUCUAAAAAGCUGCGUCUGGAACCCCUUAUUUUGCAGAUCAACAACCUUGACACCACUGGUUCUGAUGGGUUUGACUGGAAUGAGCUAAAGAUAGUGGGCACCUGCCAGGAAAUAACUAAACAUUACUUGCGCCUUACAUGUGCACCUGACCCUUCUACUGUCCGGCCUCUCUCGGUGCUUAAAAAAUCAUUGACUAUGGUGAAAUCACACUGGAAAGAGAAGCAAGAUUAUGCCUAUGCUUGUGAGCAGAUGAAAUCCAUCCGGCAAGAUCUCACGGUUCAGGGAAUCCGUGCCGAAUUCACUGUAGAAGUGUAUGAAACCCAUGCCAGAAUAGCACUGGAGAAGGGUGAUCAUGAGGAGUUCAAUCAAUGCCAGACACAGCUGAAGUCUCUUUAUGCAGAGAACCUGCCUGGGAAUGUGGGAGAAUUCACAGCUUACCGCAUCCUUUACUAUAUUUUCACCAAGAACUCAGGGGAUAUCACCACAGAGCUAGCAUACUUGACAAAGGAGUUGAAAACAGACCCCUGUGUGGCACAUGCACUUGCCUUGCGAGCUGCCUGGGCCCUCUCCAAUUACCACCGGUUUUUCUGCCUGUAUCGCCAGGCACCCUGCAUGUCCGGCUAUCUCAUCGACAAGUUUGCUGAACGAGAGAGGAAAACCGCCCUCAAAGCCAUGAUCAAAACUUUCCGCCCGGUGCUUCCUGUGUCCUACGUUGUGUCAGAGCUGGCCUUCGAGAGCGAGGAGGAGUGCCAGGCCUUCCUCGCAGCUCUCUCCCUUGUGUAUACUAGCCCCGACGCCACCAAGAUUGACUGCAAGCAGAGCUUGGCAGUCCUGGCCAAUUUCUGAAAGCAUAAAUUUCCCCCUGCCCUGCCCUAUUUUAACAUGUACAUAUAUAUAUAUGAGUGUUUCUGUGUGUAUAUAUGUAUAUAACACCAAAUUGAGUUACCUGCCAUGGGCGUUCUGGAGCCUAGCUCUACCACCUCUCCCGCUGUCCACACCGCACACGGAUAGAAGAGGGUAAGAUCCAUGGACAUCGGAUGGCAUCUAGGACCGCCAGAGAUGGAGAAGAGCUGAGAAUUCGGUUUAACAGUUGUAUUUCAUUUUUUGCCAGCAGUGGGAUAGGGAGGUGUGUAAUUCUCACACUUCCGUGGUGGUGGUUUUUCUUCUGAUUGUGUCAAGAUGCAUGAGAGAACAUAGCAACAACCGCCCUUCUGUCAUCUGCUGGUCAGAAAUUGCCAAAAUGAAGGGUUGAGCAAAAAGAGAUCUGUAAAACAAAUCCUUGAGAGAUGCAGAUUUAACAGCUCUACUUGUGUUACCAUCCCUUCAUCCCCAUAACAGUAUUCAGGGAUCCAGAAUAUUCUUCCUAAGCUACAGGGGACCCCGUUUAUCUUGGUAUUUAUUCCCCGAAACCGACACCAGUAUCCUUCCAGAGCCAUACUUUCAUCUAGAUUCCAACUGGGAAACCUCUGAGAAAGCAGUGGUAUAUGAGAACAAAUGGUUCCUUUUGUGUAAAUAUGGAAUGUGAUUUUGUACAGAAGCACCAAGUUGUAAAUAAUGCUAGAAAAACUGUUGUUUCUAAAGGAGAAAAAACACACGUAAUUUUCUACUUUUAUAAUGAUGCAUUUUAACAGAUGGUUUUCUCUGAAGAUGAAAAAUCCAGGUUGUGUUUAUGUGCAUUUUGUGUUCUCCAUUGUGCUCCUCAAAAACUAACGCUGUCUCAGUUUUUUCCUCUUCCGAGCUACGGCCUGGUUCCGAAAAAAGCCUGAGAGAGAUGCCCACCUCUCCAGCCCAACAAAAAGCCAGCCGAGGAGGAAGAGCAAAACAAAAGCUGCCUUCAUGCCCUUCCUACCAGUUCAAAGACUUUUUCCUAUGCAGCAGAGAAUGUAAAAGACUUUCUAAUCCGACCCUGUGUGGAUGUGGCAGCGUGCAGCAAAGAAGCACGUCAAGGCAAUAAGCGACAGCUGUUGAAUCAGAGCAACACACAAGAUGAUCUUUGCAACCUUUCCCUUUGCUAUUGUAUUCUGGAGUUGUCAUGCUAAGUUUAAUUUAUUUAUUUUUCCUCCCUCUGUCCUCAGUUCUACACAGGUAAACCAGAAAAUGCACCACCCCAUUUUCACCCCCUUCCGUCACAUUGUUUCAGUUUUUGUUUUAAAGCUUUGGAAGAUUGUCCGGUUGUCUUCUUUUCCUUUCUCUCCCUUUCCUUCCUGCCCUUAGUCUCUUUAGCUUCUCAUAAUCCCUUCCCUUCUUUCUCCUUCCUCCUUCGCUCUUAAUUCCUGCUUUCUUUCUUGUUUUUGUUUUUUGAACAUGUGUAAUUUUGGGAUAUUUUGGCUUGGGCUGGAUUUUUCAAAGAUUCCUUUUUCCUUUUCAGAAACCUCUGAGUUUUUUUUCCAUUUGAUUAAAAGAUUUUUCAAAAAAUGAAACAAAGAAAA